CUUUCUUCGUCACUCGUUCCCUCUGUAAACUUUGCAGUGGAGCUCUAGACUUGUUAAAGGUUAAACUGGACCUUGAUGCCUGCACUGGGGAGUGUACAGCCAACACACUGAUGGUGUCUGGCACAAUUGUCUGAUUGGAAAAAACGCUGAUCCACUGCUGCAGUCGGCUUGCUGGACUUAGUCACGUUACCCCUUGGAGUGGAGAGUGCAGGCUGCACAGAGAGUACCAUCAUUCAGGCUGUGAUGGUACUGAUCCAGGUUGACUCUGAACUCUAGGGGGGAGGUGUGGUUGGACAAUUGCAGUGACUGGUUGAAGAAUGCUUGCACACCUCUGCCUGCCUAGUAGGCUGGAUUUAGCUAUGGAAGGAAAGCAGUAAUGGGAUUGUCUUUGAGGGGGUAAAGGAGCUGGCUGAACAUGAAAAAACAGACUGAUCUCUGACUUGAUAUACAGUGGGAAACAACUGAAUGUGGGGGCAUUUUCUUCCUAACCUCAGCCUGUAAUGGAGUACUUGCAUCUGUUUGUUCAGAUUAUACCUGAUUGUUUUUUUUUUUCAUUUGAAAGGUGUACAUGCUCGAUAAACAAACUGGAUGCUAACUGAAUGAAAUGCAAAUACCCCAAAUACCACAAGAUCUCCAAAAUGUCCAAUAAGACCUUCAACAUGUUGAGUGACCAAGUUGAUUGCACAAUUCCUUUUCCCCACAGAGACCUGCUUGUGGGCCUCUCCCCUGUGAGUCAUUACAGCAGCUUGUCCCUGUCACCCGACUCUUACACUAGUAAUCCUAACUUUAGUGACAGAGACAUCCACAUGCUAGAGUAUUCCCUCAGUGAGGGUCCCACUAUGGAUGACCCCUAUGACAUCACCGUACCACAGGUUAAUUCAUUCUGUGAUGGAAGUACAAACUUGAACAAAACUUUUAUUGCCACACCUGACAAUGGCAGUGUAAGUUUUUUGAAUGACAACAUGAGUGUAACGCGUAAACUCAAGUACCAGACUUUUAGAAAUGACACAUUGGAUGGAAGUGACAGUGCAGGGAUGUCUCCAGACUCUGUUGGGAGAGAAAGCCAACCGGGUUCAUGUGAGAACUCCCACAGAGGAUCCAUCGAGAAUGACUGCUGCUCCAUCAGUUCUGGGGAAAUGAUGAUGCGGAAUAAUAGUUUUUGUCUAGAGGACCAGUCUGUUUUGGUAGUCUCUUCUCUGGAUGAGUCAUCAAUUUCUGAAGUUGCUGGCUGUUCAACUUUACCUACUUAUUCUAAUCUGCUGUCCACCACUCUACCAGAUGUCUGCGAAGAAUCCACAGAAAGAGUUAUAAAGGUUGAUACGGGCCACUCAAGUCUUGGCAAGACCUUCAAUGUGUUGGUAGAGCUUUCUUCUGAGGAAAAUGAUAUUUCAUCAUCUAGCUCGUCUAUAGCUCUGCCGGGUGAGAACGAAGGAGAGGUUUUUAUGACCUUUGUUUGUGAAACAUCUCCUUCAGAUUAUGAAAAAGUGGCUGAAUUUCCAGGUGCAGAAGAAGAGAUGCUUCUUUUCCCAGGAGAGCUAACACCUGGACAAGGCAACGCUUUUUUGUCUACUCUCUCAGCAAUGCAAGACAUUGACAAAGAUAUUCAUACUUCCACUCCAUUACAAACUAUAGGGAACAACAUACUCAGCCUUCCCUCAUUUUCUCCCUGCACUGGAAGAGCAAUCACCCCAGGUAUCCUACCUUUGAAACACCAGAAAAUCUCUGGAACUCCUAAACAACCUUCAAUUGCAUGUCUGCAUUUAGUCACCAAAUUCAAGAAGGGGGAAAUCAAGAAGUUCCCUAAAUCAGACUUCAGCAAAGUAAAAUCUAAAGUUCUGACAAGAAAUGUGCAUCAGAUGCCAGUAGAAGGCAAUGCUUCACAGCACCAACAAUCUCAAGCAAAUGUGAAAAACAAGCCCACUGAAUCACACAGAGGUGCUGCUACAAGGGUAAGUCCAUCCAAGGAGAGGGGUAGAGCUGCCGUUGUUUCUACCAUUGCCAAAUUUGCCAAUGAUGCACCGACACAAGUUAAUUCAGAGGCUGCUAAUUUAGGAGCGACAGUAAUGCAGUUAUCUAGGCAUUGUGCAGUGGAUGAACUGAGUAAUAGUAUAGCAUCAUCACCUUGCCAGCUCUCAUCUGCAAACACUCAGGAUUUAGAAGUCAAAUGCAGUAAUUCCUUCUCUAAAAGUGAACAUGCAGCUUCUAGCCAAUUGGCAGACACAGCAGCAGAGCAUGCUGGCAACGAGACCUUCUGCUUGUCACCCUUGGAAAAAAACCCAGAUAGAAGGGGCCAACCAGUUCGCAAACCAACUCCAAAGAAAGGCAUCUCAAACAAAAUUGAGGUCAGAUCAGGCUCAGCAUUAGGUCAGGACAAUCUUCCUACCCUCAAGUCCCGGCCACGUUUAUCAUCAGCGUCUUUGCCGACCAGGGAAAAAAGAACAACCAUUAGAUUCUCUACAAGCCUAACGAUUCACAAAGUUGACAACCACCUGGGUAAAACCAAACCAAGGAACCUGAACUGCACUUCUCAGAAUAAACAAGUGGUACAGGCUGAGUCUACAAACAGUCCUGCUGAAAACUCAAAAAGAGACGUUAAGAAGAUCAGCCUGGUGGUGGAGACUAGCAAAUCAGCAGGAGCAUUAUUGGAUGAUAAUAAAGGCAGAUUUCGAGGAGGCCCCUCUCCUAGACAACCAAGAGGAGCACCGCCUUCACAGCCUCCAGCUGUCAGUCCAAGACUAGCCACGAUUUCCACCAGGCAGAAGCAAGGAACUCUGGGUAGGGGUGAAUGCAAGACUUUCAAAGCUGCAGAGAAGGCAAUAUUCAAACCCAAGUGCAAUACAGGCAAUCACAGAGUACAAGCAGCAGGAGGGCCAUUCCUUGGAACUGCCUCAUCUGCGAGUCUUAAGCCCCAACUGAAUAGAUGCCAAACUCCUCAGACUCCCACCCGCUCCUCUCUUAUGGGUCCGUCGCCUACUCCCACUUCUAGACUACCACGCAAAACCCUGGGGCCAUCCAGAAGCCUUGCUGAAAACAGUGUUCACACUGAGCUGAGUGAAGGGGCUGGGAGUGCACACGUUUUCGGAGGAGCUGCACAUAAACAGACACCAUUCAGAACUGCCGUGCUGAAAGCAAGACUCAUCACAAGCCCUGGGAAAAACUCAAGACCAGCUUUGGCCACAGCAUGCAAAUCUGCCGCUCCAACAAACAAAGGACAAACCGUCUGUCCAUUUAAAAGAACUGUUUCUGCAAGACUUCGUCUGACUUCAAGUGGACCUCUGGACAAGAGCAAACCCAAGACCAACCCCCGCCCACAUCCACCUCCACAGCAGACAUCCCAACCUAACCAGAGUAAUGGUCCUCCAGAUGUGGUACCAGCGAGUGUGGCUGAGGAUGGCUCAAAGGACCAGAGGACUCAGCGGCUCACAGCGCUCCUGGCAGCUAGUGACCGUAGAUUUGAGGCAAUCGCCAUCGUCUUGCAGCAAACUUUGUCUGAGCGUGAAGAAGCCACGAGGCAUUGCAGGGAGCUUUCCCAGGAGCUGGUCAACCUCAGAGGAGAGCUGGUCUGCUCCGUUCAUUCAUCUGAACGUCUGGAGAAGGAGAAAGAUGAGCUGCGCAUUGCUCUGGAGGACGCACUGCUCAAACUGCAGGAGCAGCACCAGAAGGACCUGGCUGAGCUGGAGCACAGACUCCAGACCUUCUACCAGGCCGAGUGGGACAAGGUCCACCUCACCUACCAGGAGGAGGCAGACAAGUGCAAGACUCUCAUGCAACAGCAGAUGGGAGAGCUUAAAGCCAAUCAUGAAACCAUUCAGCUGGAACGAGAGAAAAACCAUGCAGAAGAGCUUCAGUGUGUAAAAGGGCAGUAUGAGACGUCCCUGGAAGAGCUUAUCAACGUCCACGGCCAGGAGCUGCAGUCUCUGGAUAAAACACUGAAAGAUGCAGAAGCAGUUUUAUCUGGGAAGAUUAAGGAGCUAACUGUGGAGAACAAUGCUCUCAUUGAGAAGCUAACUGCAGAGGAAAACAGGAGGAAAAAGCUGGCUGAAAAGUGUCAGAAAGACUCCCACACCCUGUAUCUGGAGCAGGAACUAGAAAGCCUUAAAGUGGUGUUGGACAUCAAAAACAAGCAGCUCCACCAGCAGGAGAAGAAGCUGAUGGAGGUCGAAAAACUGAAAGAGAAAAAUGUGAAGCUGGAUGAGAGCCUGAAAAAGGUCCAGCAGGAGAAUGAGGACCUGAAAGCCCGCAUGGAUAGACAUGCUGCACUGUCGAGACAGCUGUCAACAGAGCAGGCAGUGCUGCAGGAAACCCUUCAGAAGGAGUCCAAGGUGAACAAGCGCUUGUCAAUGGAGAACGAGGAGCUGAUAUGGAAACUCCAUAAUGGGGACCUGAGUAGCCCCCGCAAGAUGUCCCCCACCUCGUCCUCACCUUCCCACUCCUUCAGCCUCCAAUCCCCUCGCAGCUCCGGCGUGUUCUCCAGCCCUCCUGUCUCUCCCAGAUAACGAUGGGCCCCUGCUUCCAGCAAGCAGACCCUCUCUUUUGAGUUAUCCCUCUGGAAUUUAGAGCCAUGUUUGUUUCCUUUUAGCAUCGCAGCAGCCUGACCUUGGCUCCUUCAGGCUUGGAUGAACUCUUGAAACUUUGCAUAGUGAGACGCUACAGACUGUAAAAAAAAACAAAAUGUUGCACAGAAGCACUUAAAAAGCACGGUGACCUUGUUCUUUGCCUUUAACAUCUCCUACAAUGGAUGGGGAAAAGGAAAUCUCAGGACUUGUAUGAAAUGAUGACACUAUUUUUGUUACUUGUUCAUUUUUGCAGAGGCUUGUUUUUACGCACAUAGUACAUGCAGUAAAAAAUACACAGUGAAAUAAUAUAUAUCUAUAUAUAUGUAUAUGUUGGAGAGAGGACAUCACAGCCAUGAAUACAGAUGAUUAUCUUUCUCCUCUGUUCUAUCUUUCUGAAAUAUGGACUCUUGCACCAUUUCUCAUAUCUAUCUGUGCAAAGGGACAGACGAAUUAUCCAAGUACUCAGCUGCUCGUUACUGCAGCAGCGCCGUGAAAAUCUAAAUCUAUGUUCGCAAUUUUUUGUCAAAUGUUAGAAUAUUUUACAUCUGAGUUUUCAAUUUGAGCAUCAUCUGUGGCCUCAAACAUGUUUUGUCUUUCAGUUUAUUAUUUUGUGUUCAACUAUGGGACCAAUCCAAGUCUUUGUGCAUGUGUUUGAGUUUUAUCGCCCCUCACUUAACCCUUUCAAUGUAGCUUUAAAGUUUGCGUGGAAUUGUCCUUCGUUGUGUGUUGAUCUUAUUUUGAAAUAUGCAAUUAAUAAAGUCUUGUAUUAAACCUUA